AUGGAGUCUUUUCUUGGUCUCGAUCUCACGAGAAACUAUUCCUUCUUCACAGUCCCAGCUGCAUUCUUCAUCAUCACGUUCCCUCACGCCUACACCAUCACCGCAGGUGCCAAAGGGACCUACGACAACUGUAACCCUCGCUCACACAAGGACAGAAUCGCCAAUUGCCAAACUCUUGAUAAAUCUCAUAAACAAUUCCUCCUCCGCGCAAAAGCUGCCACAGAAAACGGCCUCGAAACUAUUGGUUGCUAUGCCGCAGGUAUCUUGGCCGCAAAUUUCGCAGCCGUACCAGCGCCAACAAUCAAUAUCCUCGGUCUCGGCUAUGUUGUGAGCCGUCUCUUGUACAACAUCGCUUACCUGUGGUUGCAGGAUAAUCCCCGACUAUCACGGGUACGCAGUUUAGUUUGGGUAACCAGCAUCGGGGUUAUUAUGUCGUUGUGGGUGAAGGCUGGAAACAAGAUGCUAUCCAUAAGCAUCACAACUUUCAGCAUGUUCCCCAUCAACUAUCUCGUCUUACUCUUCGCCUCAACAGCCUUGGCCCUCCCUAACAACCCAGAGGCUUGCGACACUGAUGUCCCUGCCGUCACAGCUGCUCCCAAGGUUUCGUUCGACUGUGAUUACAGCUACUGUGGUGAGGAUGACGAUGUCUUAUGGUGCUUUCGCUUCAUCCCUUUCACUGCCAUCAACCCUACCCUUGGUCCUCUUCCUGGCGAGACAAGGGUCUCUAUCGGCAUGUGCUGUCCUGGGAGUGUUGUGCGUCAUGGUGGUGAAUGGGUAAGCUUGGAUAUUUGA